AGAGAGAGAGAGAGAGAGAGAGAGAGAGAGAGAGUGGAAAAGAUAAGGAGAUCAGAGGCAGGUGGUCCUAAUGGCUUUCUCACCGCUGUGUCUAAAUUUUUUUGUGUCUCUUUUGCUUAUAACUUUCAGCUUAGCUAGGUGUGUGCGUAGGAUUGAGCCAGGAUUGCAACGGGAAGCAGACAGGGUGGAUAGACUUCCCGGCCAGCCUCCGGUGAACUUCAAGCAGUAUGCAGGAUAUGUUACGGUCAACGAGAGUCAUGGAAGAGCACUCUUCUACUGGUUCUUCGAAGCAACACAUACACCUCACAGAAAACCUCUUCUACUAUGGCUAAAUGGAGGCCCCGGAUGUUCAUCCAUUGGGUAUGGAGAAGCAGAGGAGCUAGGACCUUUCUUCCCUCAAAAUAGCAGCCAACCAAAGCUAAAGCUCAACCCAUAUUCAUGGAACCAAGCGGCCAAUCUAUUGUUUAUCGAAUCUCCUGUUGGAGUCGGGUUUUCCUACACCAACACUAGUAGUGAUAUCAAAGAACUUGGCGACAUGGUUACGGCCGAGGACUCAUACAAUUUCCUAAUCAACUGGUUCCAAAAAUUCCCACAAUUCAAGUCCCAUGAGUUUUACAUUGCUGGAGAGAGCUAUGCAGGACAUUAUGCUCCACAACUGUCGGAGCUCAUUUUUGAGAAUAAUAAGAAAGCGUCCAAGGAAAAUUAUAUAAACUUCAAAGGAUUCAUGAUAGGGAACGCGGCCAUUGAUGACGAAGCAGAUCAGACGGGAAUGAUGGACUAUGCAUGGGAUCAUGCGGUGAUAUCCGACCGGCUGUACCAUAAUAUUAAGAGCAAAUGCAACUUCAGCAAUGAACACCCUUCCCGUGGCUGCGACGUGGCCAUCUCUGAAUACUUCCAAGUGUAUGGCAUCAUUGACAUGUAUAGCUUGUACACUCCGACCUGCACUAAUGAGAGAAAUACCUACAGCGCAAGGCGGCGCCCUUUUAUCCAAGGCGACGUCGCUCCCCAUUUUUUGUCCAAAUUUGAUGGGUGGCACAGGCGACCGGCAGGUUAUGACCCUUGUGCGUCAGAAUACACUGCAGAGUAUUUGAAUAGGCCAGAUGUUCAACAAGCAUUGCAUGCCAAUGUCACCAAAAUCCCUUACCCCUGGACUCAUUGCAGUGAGAUCAUCAAAGAUUGGAAUGACUCACCGGUAUCAAUACUUCCUACAAUAAAAAAACUUGUCGCUGGGGGUCUCCGCGUUUGGAUUUAUAGUGGAGACACUGAUGGUAGAGUUCCAGUAACUUCAACUAGAUACGCAUUGAGAAAGCUUGGAUUACCUAUUAUUGAAGAUUGGACUCCCUGGUACACCAAUCAACAGGUUGGUGGUUGGCGAGUGUUGUAUGAUGGGCUUACGUUUGUAACCAUCAGAGGAGCGGGUCAUGAAGUUCCAACUUUUGCACCCAAACAGUCCCUCCAGCUGAUUACACACUACUUGGCCAAUCAGAAAUUGCCAUCUGCACCAUUUUAGUAUUGCUAGUUCACCUGCUUUUAGUUUCAUCCUCAUUUGAUUUUAAGAUUGGGACCAAGCAUAUCUUUAUCAUUGUAUUGCAAUCAUGGUUUGAACUUUUCAGUCAAUUGUUUUCCUUGAAACCUAAAUGCCAUCAUUGUGUUAAAUGUUAA